CCUGAUACAACAAGAAGAAUUGACAGCUCUGUUUGUGGAGUGCUGGCAGGGUGUCUGGCUCUGGUGGGCAGCUUGGAGUAAGCAAUGGCAAUGUCUGCUGUGUGGCUACACGUUGGCCAAUGUGGCAAUCAGAUCGGCGAGGAGUGGUGGCAGAUCCUAACCAGUGAGAAAGUGCCGCAUGCAGAGGCUGAUAGGUAUGAACGGAUAAGUGCUAUCUGCGUGGACAAUGAACCGAACGUGGUGAGGAAGCUGCAGAAACGAGUCACGAGAGGGCUAGACCAGGCCCGCACAACAUGCACCCCCCGUGGGCUCACUGUGCAGCCCGCGGAAGGAUUCAGAUGCAGACGAUAUGCCCUCAAUGCAGAGAUGAAUGAGGUGUUGAAUCAUAGUCGUGUGACCCUGCAGAAUGGAUCUGUCUGGGCACCGACGGCUGAGAUGAGCUCACCUUGGCCUCUAAAUGGUUUAAUGUUGACAGGAUACCACGGUCUGCACUCAGCCAGCGAGAGGAACCUCCUAGGAAGGACGAUGGAGAGUCUGCGGAAGGAGGUCGAGUGCAGAGACUGUUACUGUGGGACGGUGCUUUUCCAUAGCCUCAGUGAUGGUACAGGAGCUGGCCUCAGUUCCCGGCUGUGUGAAGCGAUCCGAGACGAGUACUCCCUGGGUCAGAUCCUGUCGGUGACGGUAGCCCCGCACCAGGGUGGCGAGAGCCCUCUGCAGCACUACAACUCCUUGCUGUGCCUUUCGUGGCUCCAGAGACAUGUCGACGGCGUCCUCCUGUUCCAGAACGAUGCCGUGCUGAGGACGACAGCCCUGCUUGGGAAGAAAGUGCCAGCGUCUGACAUGCAGCCCCAGGUCUCCCUCUCUGCCAUGAACACCUACGUCACUUCCUGCCUUGCUGAGCUGCUUUACCCUCUCAAGGCUUUCACGACAGGAAGACCCCUAGCAGGUCCCGAGAAGCUGAUCGUCCAGCCCGACAGAGGGCGGGAGGAAAGGAGUAUUAUUGUCCCCAUCGUACAGGUGAUGGGUGGGAAGUGUUCAAGAUGGGACAGGAGAACGCUUCCCCGCCAGCUGGGGGAGAGCUCUGAAGGUCAUCCCUGGAUCUGCUUUGCCCUUAGCUUGCCUUGUUUGCAGCAUUAUAGCACCUCUGUGCUGGCUGUAGCCUGCAGCUACCAAGAGGCCACCUUUCUUCUGUCCCGUGACUUGGUGCUGAGGAAGCCGAAGCAAGCUUACCGCUGUGUUCCUUGGAACCCCUUCCCUCUCCGCUGCUGGACAGACUCUCUCAACAUCGUGCAGCCCGGAUGUCACAGCCACUCGCUGACUGUCUGCGCCAACCACAGCAGCUCAGCGGAACUCCUGCAGCAGGUGGUGGCCAGAGCAGAGGCCAUGUACAAGACCAAUGCCUACCUCCACUGGUACUGGCGAUACGGCUGCGAGGAGGAGGCUUUCCAGCAGGCCUUCGAGACGCUCUGCUCAGUGGCAGAUGAUUACAGCCGGCUGGGAGAAUAACACUGUCUGCUGUGGCACUUCCAGGCUGCUGGCUGUCAGCCUUCCUCCUGAGAGCCUGGAGAACAUCCAGGAAACAUUGUGCCAAGGUCUCUGGGAAAGGGGUGGUUCUGCGUUGAGGGGGAUGCUGCAUUAAAUCAAUACUGUGACACAAACUAGGUAAAUAGAUUUGCUUCUCCGCGUGUGCAAAACAGACCUUGGGCUCACCUGUCUCUUGGUCCAUGGCCCAUGCAGGGGUGAUAGGGAGAGCAAGAUCCCUUUGUGCCCCUGCACAGGCUACCCAGACCU